AUGCGCCCAUCUGACAUGGGGACGCCGUGGCACCGCUGGCCCCCCGUGCUCCUCAGCCUGGCCGCCCUGUUCUCCGCAGUGACUGAGAGCCGAGGGAUCCUGGAGAGCACCCAGAGGUUCUCGCUGCUGCCCACCUACCUGCCUGUGAGCUUCCGCGUCCAGCACGCCGACACGGCCUUCUUCCUGAAGGAGGCCAACCAGGACAUCAUGCGCAACUCCAGCCUGCAGUCGCGCGUCGAGUCCUUCCUGGUGCACAGGGCCCGGCGGGCGCCCGUCCUCCGCGCCAGCUACGGCCCCUUCUCCACCGAGCAGGCGGUGCCCCCGGACCUGCUGCUGCCCGCCAGCCCCUUCGGGCCCAGCCACGUCUUUCCUCUCAACUGGCGGCUGCGCGCCCACAUCCUGCGGGACAAGGUCUACCUGAGCCGGCCCCGCGUGCAGGUGCUGUUCCACCUGGUGGGCCGGGACUGGGCCGAGCGCGGCGCCAACGGGGAGGCGCUGCCCUGCCUGCGGCUCUUCGCCUUCCGGGAGACCCGCGAGGUGCGGGCCAGCUGCCGGCUGCAGGGGGCGCUGGGGCUGUGCGUGGCUGAGCUGGAGCUGCUGGCCGCCUGGUUCGGGCCCCCGACGGUGGUGGCGGGCCGGCGGAAGGCGGGGGCCCCGCCCGAGGGCAGCCCCGUGGAGCUCUACUACAGCCUGCAGCCGGGGGACGCGCGGGGGGGCUGCGGCGCUGGGGGCGCCCGGAGGAGUGGCGGGGCCCAGCCGGGCCUCGGCGACAUGGACGAGGCGGGGCCCCCACUGCAGCGGAUUGGGAGCGUCUUCCUCUACCAGACCGCCGGCCGGCCUCUGCUGCGGGAGGUGCGCCUGGACCGCCACGUGGCCGUCCACUACGUGCCCAGGACGGCGCGGCCCGGAGACGUGCUCACCUUCCCCGUGUCCGUGUCCAGGAACUGCUCGGAGGACCGCUUCACGCUGCGGGCCAAGGUGAAGAAGGGCGUGAGCAUCGUCGGGGUGCGGGCCAGCAGCCCCUCCGUCUGGGAGGUCAAGGCGAGCACGGACCACGCCGGGAAGCACGCGCCGGCCGUCAUCGAGUGCCGCAGGACGUCGGCCGGCCCCGGGGACAGGGCGGACGGCGCGGCCGACGAGGUCCUGCAGGUGGACGUGGCCGUGGAGGAGCCUGCUGACCCGCCGGCCACCCAGCUCGUCACGUGGCAGGUGGAGUACCCGGGUGACGUCACCUCCGACCUGGGCGUGUCCCGGAUCUACGUGCGGCAGAAGGGGCUGCUCGGCGUCGUCCCGCUGGCCAUGGAGGCCGAGAUCCUGAACACGGCCAUCCUCACUGGGAAGACGGUGGCCGUGCCGGUGAAGGUGGUGUCGGUGGAGGAGGACGGGACAGUGACUGACCUGCCGAGGGCCGUGGAGUGCAGGUCGUCGGACGAAGACGUCAUCAAGGUCUCUGACCGCUGCGACUACGUGUUUGUCAACGGGAAGGAGAUGAAGGGCAAGGUGGGCGUGGUGGUGGACUUCACCUACCAGCACCUGCGCAGCCCGCUGGAGCUGACCGUGUGGGCGCCGCGCCUGCCGCUGCAGAUCGACGUCUCGGACACGGAGCUGAGCCAGGUCAAGGGCUGGCGCGUGCCGGUCGUCUCCAGCAAGAGGCCCGCCGGGGACAGCGAGGACGAGGAGGACGGGGAGCCGCGCGGCCGGGGCUGCACCCUGCAGUACCAGCACGCCCUCGUGCGCGUGCUCGCCCAGUUCGUGGCCGAGGCGGCCGAGCCUGGGGGGCACCUGGCCUACCUGCUGGGCUCGGACUGGCAGGUGGACAUCACGGACCUGGUGAGCGACUUCAUGCAGGUGGAGGAGCCGCGGAUCGCCAAGCUGCGAGGGGGCCAGGUCCUGAUUGGCCAGGAGCUGGGGAUGACCACCCUCCAGAUCCUGUCGCCGCUGUCCGACGCCAUCCUGGCCGAGAAGACCAUCACGGUGCUGGACGAGAAGGUGACCAUCACGGACCUGGGGGUCCAGCUGGUGACGGGCCUGUCGCUCUCCCUGCAGCUCAGCCCCGGGAGCAACAGAGCCAUCUUUGCCACCGCGGUGGCGCAGGAACUGCUGCAACGGCCCAAACAGGAGGCGGCCACCAGCUGCUGGGUCCAGUUCAGCGACGGCUCCGUCACCCCCCUGGACAUCUACGAUGGGAAGGACUUCUCCCUGCUGGCCACGUCCCUGGAUGAGAAGGUGGUCUCCACCCACCAGGACCCCACGUUCAAGUGGCCGGUGGUCGCGGCCGAGGCCGAGGGCCAGGGCGCCCUGGUGCGGGUGGAGCUGGCCAUCAGCGAGUCGUGCCAGAAGUCCAAGCGCAAGAGCGUGCUGGCCGUCGGCACGGCCAACGUCAGGGUGAGGUUCAGCCAGGGCGACGCCCACCCCAACGCCAGUGACAGCCGCCCCCCGGGGGCGGGGGCCCCCCUGGAGCACCACGGCGGCGACCGGCGGCCCCGGAAGCCCUGGCAGGAGUGGGGCGGCCAGGAAGGCCCCCUCUCCAGCAGCUCCCCCGGCGGCCUCAUGGAGGGCAGGGGCACCACCACCGAGAGGGCCACCUUCCAGGGGGGCGGCCGGGGGCGGCUCUUCGAUGACAGCCGCCUGCAGACCGUCCCCGUCGACCUGACCAGCCUGCCCGCCCCGGGGGACCUGCCCGGCGGCACCGGGGACGCAGAGGACCCCACGCAGGCCGCCAAGGGGCUGAGCGACCUGGAGAUCGGCAUGUACGCGCUGCUGGGCGUCUUCUGCCUGGCCAUCCUGGUCUUCCUGGCCAACUGCGCCACCUUCGCGCUCAGGUACCGGCACAAGCAGGUGCCCCUGGAGGAGCAGGAGGGCGUGAGCCACGCGCACGACUGGGUGGGGCUGAGCCGCCGGACGGCGCUGCUGGAGAGCCCCGCGGCCUUCGCGUCCCCCCAGGGCGAGCAGGUGACCGCCAUCGACCGCAGCCUGGACUUCGAGGAGAGCAAGUUCCUCCUCGGCACGGACACCCUCAGGGGGCUCAACGGGCAGCUCUUCGGGGCCCCCAUGCCACCGGGCUCUGGCGGGAAGGACCAGAAGGGCGAGCCCCCGGCCUCCCCCACUUCCAAGAGGAAAAGGGUCAAGUUCAGCACCUUCACCGCUGGCUCCCCGGGGGGCGGCCGCCCAACCGUGCUGGCCCACACCGAGGAGGCUGAGGGCUGGGUCUGCCGGGACCUGUACCCCGGGGACGCCCACCCGGACCGGCCGCGGGAGGGGGUGUGAGCUGCACCCCACAGCCUGUUCUCACCUCUUGGCCUUUAGUGCGGGGCUGUGGCCACGAGCCCUGGGGGGCAACGCAGGACAGGGGGCUGCAGAGCCCCUGAGGUGCCCUGGCUCAGCACCAGGGAGGGACGCGCCUUCCCCCCAGGGGCCCCCAGGGCUGCCGAGCUUGAGAUUUCCCACCCGUGGAAGGUUCCUGAGACUUGUGAGUGGCUGAGCCUCUGGGAAGUCCCGGGAGGGGACAGUCUCCCGCAGCAUCAGCGCGCCCUGGGUGUGGUGACGCCACCGCGCCCGGCCGCAGGGACACACGGGGACGCCAGGCCAGGCUGAGGCAGGCGGGCUGCGGGUGAGCAGG